CUUCCUAGUUGUAACAACUAACUCAUUGACUCUUCUCUCUCACUCUCUAAAUCCCUCCACCUUUUUCUCUCUCUAAAACCAUGCAGAUCGGAACAACACUACCAAAUCUUCACCUUUUUCAGCCACAGGGAGUCAACUUUAAGUGCAAUGCACAAACUGUAAAAACAAUCUCAUCAUCUACAGAAAUGACGAAAAAACACAUUUCCAAUCUCGAAAAGCUUCUGCAAAAGACGAACCCAAUUGAUUCAUCGAAACCUGUAAUUGAACAAUCCAGUAAUAGGUCGAUAGAGAAUAGAAGAAAAAACUUGUUAGAAGGGCUCAAUUUGGCUAACAUUUGGCCUGAUGAGAUGAGAAAAGCUGCAGAGGAUAUGUCGCCACGGCAUUUGAAUAGACUAAAAAGGCUAUUAUCGUCAAAAUCAAUUGAAUAUUCUCCUCGGAACAAUCUCGCUAACCGGUGGAGAGAGUAUCACGGCAGCAAUAACUGGCUCGGGCUACUCGAUCCGCUCGACGAAAAUCUCCGGCGAGAAUUAGUCCGGUACGGGGAAUUCAUACAGUCGGCUUAUCACUGUUUUCACUCCGACCCGGCCACGUCAGCAGAUGAGGUUCCGCCGGAGAGACACGUGGCGUUACCGGAUAGGUCAUACAAGGUGACUAAGAGCUUAUACGCAACUUCAUCUAUUGGGUUGCCUAAGUGGGUUGAUGACGUGGCACCUGAUCUCGGAUGGAUGACUCAGCGGUCUAGCUGGAUCGGCUACGUGGCAGUGUGCGAUGACAGGAGUGAGAUUCAACGAAUGGGAAGGAGAGACAUUGUUAUCGCGUUACGAGGGACCGCCACUUGUUUAGAGUGGGCAGAGAAUUUUCGUGACUUGUUAGUGGAACAAAAUGAUAAUGAUGAUGAUAACGACGAAGGAGUAGUACAGUCUAAAGUAGAAUGUGGAUUUUUAAGUUUAUACAAAACAGGUGACCAUCGUGUGCCAAGUUUAGCUGAAUCAGUUGUUAACGAAGUGCAAAGAUUAAUAGAAAAAUACAAAGGCGAGCCUUUAAGCAUUACCGUAACCGGGCACAGUCUCGGUGCGGCAUUAUCCCUUUUAGUCGCGGAUGAUUUAAGCACGUGCGUGCCGAACGCCCCGCCCGUGGCCGUUUUUUCCUUCGGGGGGCCACGAGUAGGCAACCGGGGUUUCGCAGAUCGACUUAACGAUAAUAAUGUUAAGGUUUUACGUAUCGUGAAUAAUCAAGACGUGAUCACGAGGGUUCCAGGAAUGUUUGUGAGCGAAUCACUCGACAAAAAGUUAAGAGAAUCGGGUGCGGGUCGAGUGCUAGAGAUGUUAGAUUGUAGGAUGCCAUGGGCGUACUCACAUGUUGGGACUGAAUUCAGAGUUGAUACAAAGAUGUCUCCUUUUUUGAAGCCUAACGCGGAUGUUGCGUGCUGCCAUGAUUUAGAGGCGUAUUUGCACUUGGUGGAUGGAUUUACGGCAUCUAAUUGUCCAUUUAGGCCUAAUGCCAAGAGAAGUCUUGUGAGGCUGCUAAAUGAACAAAGGUCUAAUUUUAAAAGACUUUACACUAGCAAGGGAAAGGAUUUGACUAUCAAUCUUGAUAGAGAACAUAAUUUCCCUAGAUCUAGUUGUUUGCCUAGUCCAUCUUCCUGAGUGUUAUAUAUUACUAGCAGGGAAUGUAUACUUCAUGUACAAAGAAGUAACAAGAUGUAUAUGUUUUCGACAUACUUAUUUUUCUCUUUUUUAGGACUCGCUUGGCCAUGAGAAGUAUUCACUUUUUGGAAUAAUUUCUCGUUUUACAAAAAUAUUAGUGUUUGGCCAUGGAAAUUUCAAAUUAAACUUGAAGUUGAAUUCCAAACUUUUCGAAUAGAAUGCUCUUUU